UCGGGCCCAGCCAUCUUCCCCAGACAUACCCAUCGUGGAUACAAGCUGCCAGCUAUGCCUUUUGAUAUCAAGGUUGAUAUUGCAAACCUCAAACAGGGAGAGCUGUCUUCCUCCACAAAAUCACGCAUUGUGUCGUGGAUAACAACACACCUCCGCACAAUAAGCUUGUACCCUGGAGAACUGUAUGACUGUGCAGCAAAAGAACUGGUACAAGAAUACCCAAUCCUCAGAGAUUUCAUCGGCACAGGCUAUGACUCAUGGAAGGUGGCCUUUCAGUACAGAAUGGGCAAUGUGCGUAAGUUGAUGGGCAAUGUGCCUGUUGUGCAAGAGGCCAGAAAGAAAUUUGGCCAUAAAAGAAGUGUACAGGACACUUCUCGGUCUCUGAAGCAAUGCCGCAUGGCUAUGAUUGACACCCCUGAAGAGCAUGUCGACAGCGUGUCACUGGCGGGGCAUGUGAGCUUCAUGAAAGCCGAAAUGAAAAGACGGGUCCCAGAUUUGCUUAAACUGAAGGACUCCAUGAAGAAGACACUGGGAGAGAGAAGGAAUUGGAUAAGGGACGCCAAUCCAUCGACUGCUCAAGUGCUUGAAAAAUAUCCUGCUUUAGCAAUCAGUGACAUUCUACACCAGGAGUUUCAAGCUGUGACUGGUGUCAACCUUGAGAAAGAAUUUCUCAACUUCAUCAAUGUGCAUGGAGACAGGUGUCUUUAUUUAACAAAGACACUCCGCAGUGCAAAGGAGCCUCUAUCAAAAAUAGAGACUGAGAUGGCCACACUUGAAGGCGAUGCUAAGAAACACCGCUUUGCUGUUGGAGUGGUCGAGAUAUUGGCCUUCCUGGUGAAGGAAAAACCACAUUUUUUAGGAAGGCUGGAUGUCUACCCGGCACUUAUCACCAAGGACACUGAAGACGGAACAACUUUGUUUGCGGCAUUUGAAGGGUUGGAAUUGGAAGCCCUCGACUUGAUAGGAGGAUUUGUUCUGCUCAUGGAACUUUACUGGGUUUUCAAUUUCUUCUAUAACAGUCAAGACCAGGCUCACCUUCUCGCCGGGAGUUUCCUCUUUGAGGGUGCCGCGGCGUAUGGGUUCCAGAACGAGUUCGCUCAGUGUCUGGAGCUGUAG